AUGUUCUUUACAGUGUCCUGGGUGGACUCCAGGAUGCCAGUGCUGCUGGCCAGCCUUCUCAGCCUUCCGUUGCUGUUCUCUUCACAGACGCUGACUGUGUCCCAUCUCAUGAUGGAUAUGGCUUUGCAUUCCUUUGAUGACCAGUAUCUGGGGUGCAGAGAGCAAGUGAUGGAAGAACUGGAGCGAGGAGACUAUUUCCAAAAGGAAAUAGCUGCUAAUAAGGACUAUUUGAGUCUCUGGAAGAAGGCUCAGAAGGCUUUGUUAAAGAGCCCUGUAGGUCUCCUGAGGGACAUGCAUGAGAGCCAUGCCAUAGUCCUCAUGGCUUACACCAUGAACUCUUCCCUGCACUCUCAGCUGAACUGGGCCACAUCUACAGCAGGAAGCUCUCCAGAGCACUACAGAAACAACUUCAGUUUCAAAUAUUUUCACUUUUACCUAACAACUGCUAUCCAGAUAAUGAAACAAUGGCAGAGCAGCAAGGAGAGCACAGGGAAACAGAAGUGCUACCGGGUGCACAGAGGUGUAAAAGACUUACAUAUCGAGGCCAUGGUGGGCAGUAAGGUGCGAUUUGGCCGUUUCACUUCCACUUCCCGCCUCUUGAAUCAAGCCCAGAAGUUUGGGAACGAGACUUUGUUCACAGUGACUACUUGCCUGGGAGCAGCUGUACAAGGGUUUUCUUACUACACAUCUGAGAAGGAGGUCCUCAUUCCACCUUAUGAGAUAUUCCUUGUCAAAAGCUUCUUUCGAACAGAGCACGGUAACCGACUGCAUUUGCAUUCUGCAGGGAACUACAGCAAAUAUCAGUGCCAGCUUGUUGAAGCUUCAAGAAGCAAGAACAGCAGAUCUACUGCCCUCUUCUCCACUGUUCUUUCUAGUAUAGUUGGAAUUUUCAUGUGCUUGACCCACAAUGACUGA